AUGGCCCUACAACCUAACAAGAGGCACCCUGCCCCACGCUGUGUGCCCACUAUGACUCUACAACCUAACAAGAGGCACCCUGCCACACGCUGUGUGCGCACUAUGACUCUACAACCUAACAAGAGGCACCCUGCCCCACGCUGUAUGCGCACUAUGACUCUACAACCUAACAAGAGGUACCCUGCCACACGCUGUAUGCCCACUAUGACUCUACAACCUAACAAGAGGUACCCUGCCACACGCUGUGUGCCCACUAUGACUCUACAACCUAACAAGAGGCACCCUGCCACACGCUGUGUGCGCACUAUGACUCUACAACCUAACAAGAGGUACCCUGCCACACGCUGUGUGCCCACUAUGACUCUACAACCUAACAAGAGGUACCCUGCCACACGCUGUGUGCCCACUAUGACUCUACAACCUAACAAGAGGUACCCUGCCACACGCUGUGUGCGCACUAUGACUCUACAACCUAACAAGAGGCACCCUGCCCCACGCUGUGUGCGCACUAUGACUCUACAACCUAACAAGAGGCACCCUGCCACACGCUGUGUGCGCACUAUGACUCUACAACCUAACAAGAGGUACCCUGCCCCACGCUGUAUGCGCACUAUGACUCUACAACCUAACAAGAGGUACCCUGCCACACGCUGUGUGCCCACUAUGACUCUACAACCUAACAAGAGGCACCCUGCCCCACGCUGUGUGCCCACUAUGACUCUACAACCUAACAAGAGGUACCCUGCCACACGCUGUGUGCCCACUAUGACUCUACAACCUAACAAGAGGUACCCUGCCACACGCUGUGUGCCCACUAUGACUCUACAACCUAACAAGAGGCACCCUGCCACACGCUGUGUGCGCACUAUGACUCUACAACCUAACAAGAGGUACCCUGCCCCACGCUGUGUGCCCACUAUGACUCUACAACCUAACAAGAGGUACCCUGCCCCACGCUGUAUGCGCACUAUGACUCUACAACCUAACAAGAGGUACCCUGCCACACGCUGUGUGCGCACUAUGACUCUACAACCUAACAAGAGGUACCCUGCCCCACGCUGUGUGCGCACUAUGACUCUACAACCUAUCAAGAGGCACCCUGCCCCACGCUGUAUGCGCACUAUGACUCUACAACCUAUCAAGAGGCACCCUGCCCCACGCUGUGUGCGCACUAUGACUCUACAACCUAUCAAGAGGCACCCUGCCACACGCUGUGUGCGCAUACAACCUAACAAGAGGCACCCUGCCACACGCUGUGUGCGCACUAUGACUCUACAACCUAUCAAGAGGCACCCUGCCACACGCUGUGUGCGCACUAUGACUCUACAACCUAUCAAGAGGCACCCUGCCACACGCUGUGUGCGCACUAUGACUCUACAACCUAACAAGAGGUACCCUGCCACACGCUGUGUGCCCACUAUGACUCUACAACCUAACAAGAGGUACCCUGCCCCACGCUGUGUGCGCACUAUGACUCUACAACCUAACAAGAGGUACCCUGCCACACGCUGUGUGCCCACUAUGACUCUACAACCUAACAAGAGGUACCCUGCCACACGCUGUGUGCGCACUAUGACUCUACAACCUAACAAGAGGUACCCUGCCACACGCUGUGUGCGCACUAUGACUCUACAACCUAACAAGAGGUACCCUGCCACACGCUGUGUGCGCACUAUGACUCUACAACCUAACAAGAGGUACCCUGCCCCACGCUGUAUGCGCACUAUGACUCUACAACCUAACAAGAGGCACCCUGCCACACGCUGUGUGCCCACUAUGACUCUACAACCUAACAAGAGGCACCCUGCCACACGCUGUGUGCCCACUAUGACUCUACAACCUAACAAGAGGCACCCUGCCACACGCUGUGUGCCCACUAUGACUCUACAACCUAACAAGAGGUACCCUGCCCCACGCUGUAUGCGCACUAUGACUCUACAACCUAACAAGAGGUACCCUGCCCCACGCUGUAUGCGCACUAUGACUCUACAACCUAACAAGAGGUACCCUGCCCCACGCUGUGUGCGCACUAUGACUCUACAACCUAUCAAGAGGCACCCUGCCCCACGCUGUAUGCGCACUAUGACUCUACAACCUAUCAAGAGGCACCCUGCCACACGCUGUGUGCGCACUAUGACUCUACAACCUAUCAAGAGGCACCCUGCCACACGCUGUGUGCGCACUAUGACUCUACAACCUAUCAAGAGGCACCCUGCCACACGCUGUGUGCGCACUAUGACUCUACAACCUAACAAGAGGCACCCUGCCACACGCUGUGUGCGCACUAUGACUCUACAACCUAUCAAGAGGCACCCUGCCACACGCUGUGUGCGCACUAUGACUCUACAACCUAUCAAGAGGCACCCUGCCACACGCUGUGUGCGCACUAUGACUCUACAACCUAACAAGAGGCACCCUGCCACACGCUGUGUGCGCACUAUGACUCUACAACCUAUCAAGAGGCACCCUGCCACACGCUGUGUGCCCACUAUGACUCUACAACCUAACAAGAGGCACCCUGCCACACGCUGUGUGCGCACUAUGACUCUACAACCUAACAAGAGGCACCCUGCCCCACGCUGUAUGCGCACUAUGAACCUACAACAUAACAAGCGGCACCCUGCCCCACGCUGUAUGCGCACUAUGACCCUACAACCUAACAAGAGGCACCCUGCCCCACGCUGUAUGCGCACUAUGACUCUACAACAUAACAAGAGGCACCCUGUCCCACGCUGGAUGCACACUAUGACCCUACAACCUAACAAGCGGCACCCUGCCCCACGCUGUAUACCCACUAUGACUCUAAAACCUAACAAGAGGCACCCUGCCCCACGCUGUAUGGGCACUUUGACUCUACAACCUAACAAGCGGCACCCUGCCCCACGCUGUAUACCCACUAUGACUCUACAACCUAACAAGCGGCACCCUGCCCCACGCUGUAUACCCACUAUGACUCUACAACCUAACAAGCGGCACCCCGCCCCACGCUGUAUGCCAACUAUGACUCUACAACAUAACAAGAGGCACCCUGCCCCACGCUGUAUGGGCACUUUGACUCUACAACCUAACAAGCGGCACCCUGCCCCACGCUGUAUGUGCACUAUGACUCUACAACAUAACAAGAGGUACCCUGCCCCACGCUGUAUGCGCACUAUGACUCUACAACCUAACAAGAGGCACCCUGCCCCACGCUGUAUGCGCACUAUGACUCUACAACCUAACAAGAGGCACCCUGCCCCACGCUGUAUGCGCACUAUGACUCUACAACAUAACAAGAGGCACCCUGUCCCACGCUGUAUGUGCAUUAUGACUCUACAACAUAACAAGAGGCACCCUGCCCCACGCUGUAUGCGCACUAUGACUCUACAACAUAACAAGAGGCACCCUGCCCCACGCUGUAUGCGCACUAUGACUCUACAACCUAACAAGAGGCACCCUGCCCCACGCUGUAUGCGCACUAUGACUCUACAACCUAACAAGCGCCACCCUGCCCCACGUUGUAUUUACACUAGUUGUGGCCCUACAACCUAA